AUGUCAAGACGGGCAAGAACUCCUCCUCCACUCAAUGCCAUUGCGGAACUCGCACAGGCUCUUCGACAAAUAUCUAGGGUACUCCAAGGACAACAAGAGCAACAGGUUGAACAAGCAGCCAGACCUCGUGUGGGCAUGAAUGACUUUUUGCGUCACAACCCUAUUAAGUUUAAUGGGAAGGUUACUCCAGACGAAGCUGACGACUGGAUUUGCUGUAAUGAGAAAAUUUUUGCUGCAAUUGAAUGCUCGGAGGCGCAGAAACUGGUUUUUGCUACUUACAUGCUGGCCGGGGAGGCAGAAUACUGGUGGCGCGGCCUUCAAGUUGAGAUGGAUGCUCGAGGAGAAGUUGCUUGUUGGGAGGACUUCAAGACCAGAUUCUUAAAGAGGUACUUUCCUGCCAAUGCUAAAAUGGAGCGGGAGGCAGAAUUCUGGACUCUACAACAAGGCAAUAUGUUAGUACAGGCUUACAAGGAGAGGUUUGAAUAUCUAGCCCGAUUCUAUACCCAGAAUUUGAGCGAGCAAUGGAAGUGUAGAAAGUUCGAGAGAGGUUUGCGCCAUGAUUUGAUGAAAGCCCUCAUCCUUUUGAAAAUCAAUCAUUUUCCUGAACUUGUGGAGCAAGCUAAAGUGGUAGAACGAAUAGAGGAGAGAGGACGAGUAAUGAGGAUUCAGAAAGGAAGUUUCUCAGGGAACAAGAAUCAGAAGAAGCCUUAUGAAAGACCACAUUUUUUCAUUCGGGGGAUCCUGAAGUGCUUUGAAUGUGGCUGA